AUGUCAGAUCCCAAGAAGUAUACAGUCGGCUGGAUCUGCGCCAUCCGCACAGAGUUCGUCGCCGCCCAAGCGUUUCUCGAUGAAACACACGAACAGCCGAAGGAACAAGACCCAAACGACUCCAACAACUAUGCCUUGGGUCGUAUCGCCCAUCACAAUGUUGUGAUAGCGUGUCUCCCUGGUGGAGAAUACGGCACGGCCUCAGCAGCUGGUGUCGCGAUUAAUCUGUUACGAAGCUUCCCAACCAUCCGCAUUGGCUUGAUGGUUGGGAUUGGAGGAGCUGCACCAACCAAGAAACAUGAUAUACGGCUCGGUGAUGUUGUCAUCAGUUUGCCCGGUAACGGCAGAGGAGGGGUGUUUCAGUAUGACUACGGCAAGACGAUACAGGGCCAGGCCUUCGUCGAAACUGGUUUCUUAAAUCAACCUCCAGAGUUGCUGCGAACGGCUGUGGAGGCGGUUGCGGCGAAGUACGAACUGGAUGGCCACAACCUCGUCGAGAGUGUGAACAAGUCUCUCGAUAAGAAGCCGAGGCUGCGCAAGAAGUAUUCUUGCCCCACUGGCAAAGAUAUUCUAUAUAAGUCAGACUUCAUACAUUGUGAAGACAGGCUGGACGGAUGUGAAGCCUGCGGCAGUGGUCCAUCCGUUGUUGUGCUACGACCUGAAAGGGGAGAGGAUGAAGACAAUCCCGCCAUUCAUUACGGUUUGAUUGCCUCUGGAAAUCAGCUGAUGAAAGAUGCAUUACUGAGGGAAAAGCUUGCUAUCGAAAAAGGCAUCCUAUGUUUUGAAAUGGAGGCAGCAGGUCUGAUGAACCGCUUCCCGUGUCUUGUAAUUCGUGGGAUAUGCGACUACGCGGAUACUCACAAGAACAAGGAGUGGCAGGGGUUUGCUGCAAUGACAGCUGCGGCGUACGCGAAACGCCUCUUGUCUCAAAUAAUCUCAACUAAUAUUGAGGCCGAAAAGAAGGUCGCAGAGGUCCUUAAUAGCAUUCUUGAAAGUGUGUCCACGAAUGAGGAAACAACUAAAAAUAUGAAAUCGGAUCUCGACAAACAGAAAGAUGUUUCCAUCCUUGACUGGCUCACACCAAUUGACUAUGGCCCAAAGCAAAGUGACUUUAUUGCAAGGUGGAAGACAGGUACAGGGCACUGGUUUCUAGACUCGGAGGCAUUCAGUUCUUGGCUAGAGAGUUCUAAGCAGACUUUGUUCUGUCCGGGAAUACCUGGUGCAGGAAAGACAAUUCUGACCUCUGUUGUGAUUGAUAACCUUUUGACAAGGUUUCAAGACAACACAGAUAUUGGGAUCGCUUAUCUCUACUGCGACUUUCGGCGCCAGAAUGACCAGCAGAUUAAUCACCUUCUCUCCAGUCUAUUGAAACAGCUAGCCGCGAGGGUCCCCGUCCUACCCGAGGUCGUUAGAGAUACUUAUAAUCGCCACAAGCUAGGAAGAACAACACCGUCACUGAAAGAACUCUCCGACUCCCUCCGAUCCGUGACAGCCGGGUACUCAAGAGUAUUCAUCGUUGUCGACGCCCUAGAUGAAUGUUCUAAAUCUGAUGGCUGCCGAAACCGAGUCCUCUCCGAGCUCUUCCGGCUCCAGAGGCAAAAUGGACUUAAUAUAUUAGCCACAUCUAGAUUCAUUCCCGAAAUUGCCAAUCAAUUUCAAGGCUGCAGUAAGACAGUAGAGAUUCGUGCGAGCUCGGAGGACAUAGAGAGGUACUUCGCGGCCCAGAUAUGCCAACUACCACCAUAUAUCCAGCAAGAUGUGGACUUGCAGAAUGAGAUAAAGCAAGGCAUAUCUACAUCAGUCGACGGAAUGUUUCUCUUGGCACAACUAUACAUCAAUUUGCUGCAAGAUAUGUACACGCCCAAUGAAGCUCUAGAAACUCUUCAAGUCUUCCAGAAGCAACGUCAAGGGCCAGGUGAAGAUGGGAGGGUGGAGAUGUUGGCCCAUGCAUACAAGCAAACUAUGGAGAGAAUCAACCAACAGGGAUCAAAAGCGAAUAUGCUGGCAAUGAAGGUGAUGUCAUGGGUUACAUACGCAAAGAGAGAGCUCACUAAAUUGGAACUAUUGCAUGCCGUCGCUACGAAGGUUGGCAUGUCUACUAUUCGUCAGGGAGAUAUGAUGGACAUCGAUGAUGUCUUAUCUAAAUGCUCAGGAUUAAUUGUUAUUGACGAAAAGAGCGAUGUAAUCCGAACAGUUCAUUACACGUUGCAGGAAUACCUCGAGCUGACCCUGCUAGAUUGGUUUCCGGAUGCCAAAAUUGAUAUCACUAAAACUUGUCUUAUUUAUAAUUCGUUAGAACUAUUUACGAGUGGACCAUGCGAGGCAGACGAGGAUUUCGAGAACCGGCUUCAAGAGUAUCCGCUUUACCAGUAUACGGCACAGAACUGGGGGUGGUAUGCCCGCGAGGCACCGACUUUAUCCGCCGAAGUUGCGACAUUUCUACAGUGCGAUAAUCUAGUAGAGGCCUCGAGUCAAGCAAUGCUAUCUAUUAAACUGUACUCAGUAUAUUCGAGAAACAAAUGGGACAGCCAACGAUAUCCGAAACAUAUCAAGGGUUUGCAUGUGGCAGCACAUUUUGGACUCAGUGAGGUCCUUGAAAUGUUACUCGCUGCGCAAAUACCAAACCAACCAGAUAGUUACCGCCGUACACCUUUGUGGUAUGCUACUAAUAGCGGAAUGAUUGAUGCAGUCACUGUUCUGUUGAAGGACCAAAGGGUUGAUCCAGAUUUCAGAGAUAACGAGGGCCGGACAGCGCUCUCCUUGGCCGCAGAGAAGGGUUACGAGGCGAUUGUUAAGCAACUCCUAGACACGGACCGAGUCGAUCUUGAAUCGAUAGAUGACAAACACGGGCAGACGUCAUUAUCGUGGGCUGGCGAGAACGGGCACGAGGCGGUUAUGAAGCUGUUAAUCUCGAAAGGUGCCAAUGUUGACUCUUGUGACAACAAUGGCAAUACAGUACUAUCUCUUGCUGCCGAGAAAAGCCUCCUACCAGUAGUGGAGCUGCUAAUUGGCCGAGGUGCUUGCGUAAACUUUGCCAGUGAUGAUGGCUGUACACCGCUAUCAUGGGCCGCCGAGCAGGGAGCUAUCGAGGCCGUCAAGCUACUGAUUGGGAAUGGCGCUUGUGUAAAGUCUGCCAGUAAGACUGGUGAUACGCCACUAUCGGGAGCUGCCGAGUACGGGCAUGGAGAAAUUGUGGAGCUGUUGGUUGAAAAUGGAGCUCAUACGGAAUCUGUUGACGAGGAGGGCCGGACUCCGCUUUCGCGGGCUGCUGGGAAUGGGUUCCUGCUCGUAGUCGAACUGUUGCUCGAGCACGGGGCUAAUGUAGACUCUGCUGAUAACAAAGGCCGGACUCCGCUUUCGCGGGCUGCUGGAAAUGGAUUCCUGCCCGUGGUUGAACUGCUGCUGGAGCACGGGGCUAAUGUAGACUCUGCUGAUAACAAAGGCCGGACUCCGCUUUCGCGGGCUGCUGGGAAUGGGCUCCUGCCCGUAGUUGAACUAUUGCUCGAGCACGGGGCUAAUGUACAGUCUGCCGAUAAGAAACCCUGGACACCACUUCGUUGGGCCAUAGAAAAUGGUCAUAACAUCGUCGCCUGGCUAUUGCAUCGAGAGAUGCGCGGCUGGAAUGACGAGACCUCUUCAUCCCCACAAGCAUUACCUACGACCUCAACUAGAGAAGAGCUCGCGAACCAGCAGCUAGCAGAGUCAAAGGAGGAGCUGAAGAAGCUGAAGGAGCUACUAGAGGCCUCCGCCCGUCAGGGAAGUGUUUCUCCCUUUCCUGGCGGUACGCAGGCAUCAUACGCAGAAGUCGUACGGACUCCAUCGGAAAAUCGACCAAGAAAUGUGCUGAACACGCCUGGGCUUGUCAAGCCGUCGCCUACCCUGACCGAGUCGCUCUUCUGCACAGUGGACACAUCGAGGGUACAAACGGAGGAAGAAAGUGCCUUCCACCCAGGGGAGGUCCGAACUAUUGUAGAGAGAGAAGUUCGUAAGGAACUAGGCACACCUACAUGGCGGUGUCGCGCCGUCACGUCGGGUCCCAAAACGCCCAAUCACAUCAGAGUGGUAUGCCGAAAUGAAGAUGAGCAUCAAACGAUAAAACGAGUGUUGGAAGCGAAUCUCCCGCGAGGAGCUCGUAUACUGCGCGACGAGUUUUAUCAGAUCAAGGUCGACGGUGUGAGCCGUUCUGCAGUGCUGGACGAAGGUGGCAAGGAGUUACCUGGAAUAAAUGAAACUUUUGGCAAUGAGAAUGCCACAGAAGUCGUUAAAGUCAACUGGUUAAGCGAUAGGUUCCUCAAGAAACAUGGUUCAAUGGUAGUUUAUCUCAAAAAGGCGGUUGAUGCGGCCCGAUUCCUGCGCGAAGGGUACUUCUACGCUGGAGGGUUAUCGGGUCAGACUUCUGUUUUCAAACACCAACAAAAACCCAACCAAUGCUACAACUGUCAGGAAGUCACCGACCACAAGGCUUACCAGUGCCAAAACCUCAGAUGUGCGGGAGAUGUGCCAGAGAAGGCCACCAUCACACCGCAUGCAACGAAUCUGUCACGAAGUGUAUACCAUGUGGUGGACCGCAUGAAUCAUUCAGCAAAAAUUGCAGGAGGCUCUAUCCAGCUCGCAAUGAGUAAGCCUCUGCGAAUAAUUCAGCCAAACGUGGGCAAAGGGGACGACGCGCAUGAUAGCCUAAUGAAUGAUGAAGAGAUUCAGGAUGCAGCAGUGGUUGCUAUUCAAGAACCGCAGGCGCGGAAGAUUAAGGGCCGGCUACUCACCACGCCCAUGGCACAUCACAAGUGGACUAAGAUGGUACCCUCGACCUGCAGGGAAGUGGGCAGGUGGCCCAUCCGUAGUAUGCUUUGGAUCAGAAAGAAUUUGGAAGCGGAACAGGUUCCAGUUGACUCAUCGGACAUAACCGCAGCGAUGCUGAAGCUCCCGGGGCGGGUGCUGUUAGUAGCGUCGGUUUACGUGGAAGGCGUCGAGACGCAAGCGUUGACAGACACAUGCCGCUUACUACGCAGGACCAUCACGGAGGCAACACGAGGUGUAGGUUGGCAGGUCGAUGUUGUGAUUGUGGGCGAUUUUAACCGGCACGACCAACUUUGGGGUGGUGACGAGGUUCGGCUGGCCAGACAGGGAGAAGCAGACGAAAUUAUCGAUCUGAUGGCCGAAUUUUCCCUCACCAGCCUACUCCCGAGAGGAACGAAGACGUGGACAGGGUGGGACAGCAAGGGCCGAAUCUGUGAAACCACCAUUGACCUGGUCCUGGCAUCCGAGGAGCUGGCAAAAGACCUAGUUAAAUGCGGAACGCACGACACCGAACAUGGCUCGGACCACAGGACAAUCGAGACAAUCUUCGAAACGGAGAUACCUGAACAACAACACCAGGAACGCUUACCCCUAAAGAAUGCCCCGUGGAAGGAAAUAAAUGUCAGAAUUGCUGCUGAAUUGGAGAAGGUGCCUGCUGAGGGAACAGUCCAGCAGCAGACAGAUUGGCUCAUGGAAAUGGUGAUGGAGGCGGUGCAUACCUUGACACCCAAGGCCAGGCCUUGCCCCUACGCAAAACGAUGGUGGACAACAGAUCUCACGCAACUACGCCGAAUUUACACGCACUGGCGCAGUCGUGCCAGAGCAGCGAGGCGAGCUGGAUGGACGGAUGUAGAGCUCGAAAAGACAGCUAAAGCCGCAGCCAAACAGUAUCAUGACGGCAUUCGACAACAGAAGAAGUCCCACUGGGACGCCUUCCUGGCGGACAAUGAUAACAUCUGGAAGGCAGCAAAAUACUUGAAGUCAGGGAGUAGUACGGCUUUUGACAAAGUGCCCCAGCUGGUUAGGCAGGACAAAACUCGGACGGCGUCUAAUGAGGAACAAGCGGAAGAGUUGCUCGCAACCUUCUUUCCACCGCUCCCGGACGACAUUGAGGAGGAGGGAGAUCGACCCCAACGAGCUCCGGUGCCCAUGCCGGACCUACUGUGCAAAGGGUACAAUAUGAGUUUGCAACAAUCUACUCUUGAUGAGAUCAUUUCACACGAAAAACAUUAUGUGUCUCUUAUGGAGCCGUUUGUGCAUCUUGAUCAGUUCCGCGUCGUGGUUUGUGUGCGAUGCUGCUUUGCAUGUGUAGCGAAUGAAGUGGAGGCACACUUGCGCAUUCGCCACAAGGACGUGCCAUUGUAUGAGCGACGAAGAAUCAUUGAAUCUAUUCAGGGGCUCCCAAAUAUUGUCCGAACCCAGGCAGAGCUGGUCACAUUUCAAUUUCCUCCUCCUACAUCGGAACCAAUACCACAUCUUGGGCCACCUAGUGCCGACGCUCUGGGAUGCAAGUCUUGCUCAUACAUUGCCCUCAGUGUACAAGAGGUACAAGCCCACUGCCGCAAUAAGCAUGGCUGGGUGAAUCCAAGGAAGGCAGGGAGGCCAGCAAGCAUGCAAAGUUCGAGCGAUUCCGAUAUGCCAUGGAGAAAAGGAGUGCAGUGUCAACGAUUCUUCCGGUCGAGAGCCGCUAGCGCGUGGUUUGAGGUUAAUCGUAACCGGCAAUUUCCAAGUCAGGUUCAGUGUAGGACUGCGCCAAUUCUGCAAAGUCCCUCAUCGUCUGAUGUUGAAGAAACCUCCCGCAUGUCUAUUGCAGCUGACCUUCACUUUCGCGCUGUUUUAGGUCGAGAACAGCGACGUAUUGGCACAAAAGUUAAUCCUUCAUCACUUGAUGGUGAGAACUUUGUGUCAUCCAACCCUUGGAUGCAUAGAACACAGUGGUUGCAGACAUACCAAAAUUCUCAGCGCGACACACUCCGAAAUUUAAUUCAGCUACCGGACCACAUCAUCAUAACAGGCCAAAUUGCUCAUCCAGAAGGUGACAACGGUCCCAUAUUCAACAGUUGUAUCAAUGAAGAAAAAAUCUCUUACCUGCUUGGUGCUAUGGACUUCUUGCUUGACCGCUGCGAGAGGACCGUUCACCACACAAGCCGCCAUGUUCUUUGUUGGCUGCAGAGUAAUAAUCAGAAGACCUGUACACGGAAGACAUUCUCACUUGUCGCGAAGCCGGCUAGUAAACAAAGGUAUCGGCGAAUAUGGAAGUACUUCAUCUCCUUCAUACUCCGGGUUUCUCAGCUCCCAGAGGAAAUGCGGAGGGGUUUAUUAGGCAAUCGGCUGGAGGAGGCUUUACACAGUCAAAUACUCAGCCUCCUAGAUCGCACCACACGUCAUAUGAUCGACCGCUUUAUAAAUUUAGGGUCAGAGCAACAAGCGCUGAACAGGUGCGAAAUGACUGCUGCAGCUAGUAUGUGCGCCACGGGAUGCUCCGAUUCUGGCACCGGUGCUCGACGUGGUUCCGGCGGCGAAACCACCAGCAAUGAAACCGACGACGACGAGACCGAAGAUGAGAGUAGCACCUCUAGCAACGGCGACAGCCAAGACUCUGGAAGUUCGAACUAUGCACUCGAUAUGACUAGAGCUACGAACUUGCGGAGACACCCGGUCGACAACUUUUAUGACGAAGAGGUCAUACAGUUGCUCUUUGGUAUAUGCAUUCGAGCCAUGACACAGCAGUUCGUGGAUGGCCAACCCAGCUCGACGCUACUGGUGUACUUCAGCGGCAUUCUAGGCUUCACGCGCGAUUCAAAGGGGUUCUUAUCAGCCAAACAUUAUACUCCAAUAUUAUCAGCCCUUAUUUAUAUUCAGCGACUCUUAUUUCUCGAAUACGCAUUGCCUCUUCAAGCAUACUCAUUCAUCGGAAUACCUAAAAGACCACACCAUACACAGCAUGAACAACUUGAUCGUAUCCGACAGGUAUAUAUGGUUACAGGGUCGCAAUCCCCAUUCGAUGAGAUGCAUGACCUGCGAUAUUGCGGGCGGAAUAUUGCCCGCACAGACUUGCCGUCAUUUCUCUUACGGUGGAGUGAUGAUGGCAACACUCUCUACUACGGAGAUGAUUUCAAAGUGACGAUGGACGUAUUUCGUGGUCUAUCCAACUACUUUGUCACGAAAGCUGAGGACCUUUGUUCACGGCUAAUGCUUGGUCUUUCCCCUGAUGUUGACUUAAACAAAGUAAAGGAUAACUUAACUAACUCUCAAGUUGGACACUCGUUCGUUAUGAAUCCCGAUAAUGGGCUCGAAACACUGUACAUUGAUUUGCUACGUCGAGUCUGCAACUCUCGAGAGUUUGUUGACCAAGGAGUGUGGCGCUGGAAGGCUGUCUCACAUUAUCGUGCGGAAGUGGUUUCCCUCGAAGAGGCGAUCCUGGGUGCAUGCCAUACUGCUUGCGGCCAGGCACCUAGAGCAGAGGAUCUCAUAAACCUGGAAUGUGAGAAUGGUUCGUACACAAAACGUGGCUUUUACAUCUGGAAUGGCUUCAUGAUAUAUAUUUUACGACAUCACAAGGCAAAACGCCGCACAAAUCGUGAAUUUGUGGUGGCUCGCUUCCUACCCGGCCGCCUAGCUCGCGCAGUAUAUCUAUAUCUUGUGUGGAUCCGCAGAUUAGAUGCAUUGCUACGUUACGAGGAGAUUUUAUGUCAAAAAAGUGGGAAUGACGAUUUGCAUCAGCGUCUAUUGUUUCGUACCAACGGGAGAGUCUGGAAAGCAAACCGCCUUACAAGAAUCCUUGAGCAAGCCACUACCAUAGUGUGGGAUCAGCGAGUAAAUAUCCGACUCUACCGCCAGCUUUCAAUUGGAAUUACGGAGCGACAUGUACGCGAAGUUCAUAUCCCAUUUAACAGGUUUGAUGACCGGACAUGCGAGGCAGACUUGAAUGUCGCAUUCGCCUGGCAAAGUGGUCACCGUCCACUUGAGCGAGGUGUAACAUAUGGUCUCGACGGUGCCUUCCCUUCGGUUCUGCAGCCUUCACUGCUACGGGCCUAUCAAUGGGUGUCUACACGUUGGCAUGAAUUUCUGCAUCUCGCAAGUAAGUCAGAGCCGGCGAGCCCUUUAAUUUGCACCGUGCAACCCGGUUCCUGCCGCAAACGAAAAUCCUAUAGACAAGAAACGGAGCUGCUGCCUCCAGCCAAGCGAAUAGACAGCUUCUCAGUGUCUCAUAUUAGCCAACUUACACAGAGUCGUAAUUUCGAAAAUUUAGCAAUAGGUUUGAGGACCACCCCAACGAGCUGGGAUGCUCUCGGUACCAAAAGUAGCACGCCGAAUGCCACGAAGCCAGAACAGCGCGAUGUGGUGUGCUACCUUGCCAACUAUGAAGUUUUGCUCUGCCUUAUUUGUAAGAUUGCCAUAAUGCCAGGAAAAGGCAUUGAAGCUCAUCUUCGAAAUAACCAUCAAAUUAAAGGCCAGAGGUUGCGAGAAAUUCUUUUGCAAUGCGCAGCAUUGCCUGUUCAAAAUCCAGGGACGAUGGAACUGCCAAUGACAGGGACCAGCGCGAUACCACAACUCCCAGUAUAUCGCGGCUAUGGUUGCAAUUAUUGCUCGUACUUAACGACCAAUCGUAUGAGCGUUAUUUCUCACCAUUCCAAGAGACAUGAUGCUACCUCACGCGAUGGCCACGGGUGGGCUAGCGUAUUUCUACAGACCUUUAUGAGAGGGAAGAGCACGCGUUAUUGGGUUGUGAAAGACGCCGCAUCGACCGACGAAAUUUCACCUAGUUUCUAG